CUAUCCUGUCAAUUUUUUCUAACCUAACUUUCUUGAAAAAAAUCUAAGAAAAAAAUAUUUAUGUGGAGGAAGUGUGGAGGAUUACCGAAACUUGAAUUAUAUUUUAAUUCGAGAAGAAAAUGUCCAAAUUAAAACAGUCCGUAACUAAAGAAAAUGUUGUUCAAGCAAUUCUUGUUGCUGAUACAUUUGAAGAUGAGUUUGUGCCCAUAUCAAAUAAUUUGCCAUUGUGUUUAUUUCCAGUAGUUAACAAACCUCUUAUUGACUAUACUUUAGAGUUUUUAUCCCUGGGAGGAGUUGAAGAAGUAUUUCUCUUUUGCUGUAAUCAUGUUAAUGAGGUUAAGUCGUAUAUUAGGAAGUGUAUCGAUGAAGCAGUUGGUUGGACUUUAACAAUGAAAGUGCAAAUAAUUGUGUCAGAGAGUUGUCGGUCAUUUGGUGAUUGUCUGAGGGAUUUAGAUGCAAAAGGACUCAUACGAGGCGACUUUGUUCUCUUAGAACCCGGUGUUAUCUCAAAUAUUAAUUUAUUGCCUUUGCUGAAGAAACACAGUGAAAUUUUACAAAAUGACAAGGGUGCUGCUAUAACAUUAGUCUUUCAAGAAUCUGCCCUUGGUCAUAGGAGUCUUUGUCCUCAAGAUGAAAGUUUGGUAGCUUAUAAUAAUAAAAACAGAGUUUUAUUUCAUAAAAAAAUACAAAAGUCCAGAGAUAAGAAAGCUGUAUUUCCUAUAUUUCAGGAAAUAUUCCUUGAAAAUUCUUCUGUUUCAAUUCAACAUAACCUUAGAGAUACCCACAUAGCUAUUUGUUCGUCGUCAGUGUUGCCACUAUUUUCAGAUAAUUUUGAUUUUCAAACAAAGGAUGACUUUAUUAAAGGAUUGCUUAUAAAUGAGGAAAUCUUGGGGAGUACAAUUUAUUGUCAUAUUUUGAAAGGGAGCGAUUAUGGCAGUGCUAUAAAUAACUGGAGAAUGUACCAAGCCAUAAGUUUAGAACUGAAAAAUAAGUGGGUUUACCCUAUAGUUCCUCCAACUAAAAGAAACAGGGUGAUACCAGAAGAUUCUAUAUAUUCUCUGAGCAGUGUAAUGGGCUUAAACUCAACUAUGUACAGAAGUGUUAUCGGUUCAAAUGUAACGAUAGGGGAAGGAGUAAAAAUUCAAGAUGCAUUUAUUUUUGAUAAUGUUCAUAUUGAAGAUGACGUUGAUAUUUCUCUAAGCGUUAUUGGUCCAGGUUGUGUCAUUAAAAAAGGAGCGAAAAUAACAGUGGGGUCAAUUUUGGGACAAGGAGUUAUUAUUGAUGAGAAUGUUUUUGUGGAAAACACGCUAGUUCAAAAUCGUCCAUCAGAAGAUGUUUUAGCUCAACCUGAAGAUAAAAUUGGAGAAUUUGCCUAUAGAUUGAGAGCAUGUGAAGAUGAAGAGGAUUUAAAUGUUGACAGAAUCCUAGCACAAAAAUUUUCCAGGUUACAUAUACAUGAUGAAUCAUAUGAAUGUGAAUAUGAUAGUGAGAAUGAACUAAGUGACAGUUCUGAGGAAUUGUCACAUACGUAUUCACCACCUCCUGAUGAUACUAAAUUGUUUUUCACUGAAGUUAUUGACAGUUUGACUAGAGGUUAUGAGGAUAAAUUGCCUUGUGACAAUUUGAUUCUUGAAGUCAAUUCUUCCAGAUAUGCAUAUAAUGUUACACUAAGAGAGGUGAAUUAUAAUGUUAUAAAGGCAAUAUUAAUAAUAUCACAAAAGUUGCCUUCAGGAACACAAUAUUUUUCUGUCAUGACUCAAAUGUUAUGUUAUUUUUCUCCACUUCUUAAGAACUACAUUAAAAAUGAGGCAGCAAUGGUUGAUUGUCUUCAGGCAGUUGAGGAUGUAGCAAUAUCGGAGAGCGAUUUGAAAGACAAAUGGAUUAUUUUUCUAUUAAAAUAUUUGUAUGAAAAGGACUUUUUAAAUGAAGAAUCAAUCUUAAAGUGGUUUGCUACACUUAAAGAGCAUACUAAACUGCACACUCAAGUCAAGCCUUUUGCUAGUUGGCUACAGGAAGCUGAAGAAGAGGAUUCUUCUGAAGAAGACGAAUCUGAAUGAAAUUCUUCUGAAGAAGACGAACGUUACUAAAACUUGAAAUAAUAUCGGAUUUAUUACGGAUUCCGUCGAUCCUUAAUGUAAACACGAUGAAACUAACUAAUUCAUUACACCCCUAUAAUCAUAAUAAACUACUCCAUUAUGACACGCUAA